GCGUGAUAAAAUCUACUCGGUGAGCUGGAUGUGGCAAUCGCGAGAGCCUUUUCCCAUUUAUUUUUCACCAAUGAAGGGGUGGAAAUCAUAAUAAAUCAUAAAUAUUAUAGGUGUACAACUUUCCAACACAUCUUUUCUUCUUUUCCCACCCCUCCAAUUUUUUGGGGGGGCUCUGCAUCGCUUCCAUCCCCUUUGCUUGUUUGCACUACCUAGAUGCGAGAUGGACAAACAAACACAGCACGAUGUCCAUGUUCAACCCAUCAUAUAUCGGUUAUCUCUUGGACGGAACAAUCUCUCUCUCUCUCCCCAGAGUCCAGAAGACGGUCGACCUUGUUAUUAGCAACUUACCUAAUCUACCCAAACUUACUCAAAACUACCUAACAUCGUUAUACACAAAUCAAGAGUGCAGAAUUCCACAUUGUCCAUCCCACCCCGUUCUUGAAGAAACGUUUUGUGUAUGUAUGUGUGUGUGGGUGGAUGGGUGGGUGGUUGUUUAUAUUACAUAUGUACAACCAAGUGUUUCCCGUGUCCCCACGAGUCCCGGUCAUGGUCAUGGUCUUGGUCAUCUCCGCAUAAUGCAGAUAGUGCAGUGCAGACAGAACAGACCAUAUACACCCCAGGUCAAUCAUCCAUCCGUCAAUCAGCAAUCAUUCAUUCAUUCAUCAUCCAUUCCACCACCAGUCCACUCCAUCCCGUAUCUAUAGUGCCCUUUGCUACCCCGAAAAAAGCCAAAGCUUUUGAUAAAAAGGAUUUUUUUCUUCCCUUUUCUGCAUUUUGCACCGCUUUUCUCAUAUUUCAUCCAGUAUCAAAGAAUAGGUUAUCGCUUGUGGAAAUAGAUAGCCUCGACAAAAGAUCUUCGAUCGGAUCCUUCCUUCCAUCCAUCCCCUCAUUCUUGUAAUCUCUAUUCAUCUGUCCAUUUUUCCAUACACACACACACACACACAUACAUACCUACAUACAUACUGGCACGGUCCACGAAUCCAAGGAUGACUCUGGCUCGAACAGCUUCACCGCAAUGCUUCUGAUAUUAACAUUUCAUUUACAUUUCGAAAAAGGUCCUGGAUAAGCACGCACGUACCGCACAGAAAAUUGAAUAAACGAACAAGAGGAAAAGAAUACCGACAAAAUACUUACUACACAUAGGUCAUGAUUGAAAAGCCCACUUCUCAGAGGGCUCGGGCCGAGUGGCCGAAUCCGAUCUCACCACAAAGGGUUCGAAAGAGGCCGCAACAGCAAUCGUCGCAUACUCAGCGCCGUUAUUACAGUCCCAGUGCCUCACCGCCUGGAUCAUCACAUUCACCAUCGUCGUCGCUCUCGUCGCGAUCUAGGAGCUCGUCCUUGCGACAUAAUCCAAGUUACCAUAUUCGUCUAGAUACUCGCCUAGACAGGCUAGACAGGUUCUCGCCCGCGCCCAACUUUGACUAUUUUGAGUAUCAGGCCGCGAUCAAUACCUCUCCUUCGUCGUCAUCGAUCAUUGGACAUGUCGCUGGUGUUACGACUGCUGGAGACGGAGCUCUGAAUUUAACGGCGCCUCACACCUCACUUCCGGAUACUUCAUGGCUGGCCAAUUUCUCUACGGGGCCUAUGAAUACCAUCCCACUUAGCCCCGAUGAUGCUGUGAGUCCUGGAUACUCGACAUACAUCGGAACCAAUGGCGGUGCUUCAUUAUCGCUCCAGACUGGAGCUAUGCCUGGACUUUCCAUGCCAUGGGAUAUCGUGAAUUCUACUACACACCUAGCUGGACCCUCGGAUUUUGAAGAUAUUUGUAUGUCAGAGGCUAACGUGGGAAGCUAUGGGAGUCAUGGAAGUAUGGAGCUGGCUUCUGCUUCUGCCGUCUCGGCCACAUCCGACACAUAUGUUUUCCCGUUUGGAUCCCCGGGAGGGGCGAGUCCAUUACUUGAUCUUGAGAUUCCUUAUUAUGUAAACCAAAACAUGAUGGUCGACCAAGCAAUCCAACGCGCCGAAAAUAUGAAUACCUCGUUACCCUCUACUUCCACAUUUACCUUCGAUAAUACAUCUACUUCCCUAGAUUGGGGAUUUAACAUGUUCCCAACAGAGCCUAUAGCUCCAUCAGUAGCCCCACUACUCGAAGCCCCAAACCUACUUCCGAGAGGCAGAUACAUACGGUCACAAAAUCCCUGGAAUCCGCACGAUGAAAACGGCAAUGCCUACAGCGAAAAUUCCAACACCAACUGCGUCGCAUAUGAGCCCGAGCCAGCUCCUUUAAAUUCCUACGAACCUGAGCGGUCUCCUAUAUCCUAUGGGACAUCAUCACCUGUGGAUAACGACAGAUUAAUCGUAACUGGACAUGGCCAAUCAAUUCACGAUGUAUAUGGACCAGAAGCACCAAGAGGUAAUUGGUUUGACGAAAGUGAUACAUCAACCUCUUAUUCCAACACUUUGUACACUCCUUCCCAUGGCUCUCCAGUAUCGCACCACUCUCCACAUCCGCCCGGAUCGCAAGCACCACUUUCCCCCGACGAUCCGAACCAUCAUUCGCAUGUAUUUAGCGCGUUUCCUGAGCCGCAAAAGAAUAAAGUUACGAGGGGCCGUGUAAGGCCUUUAACGGAAAAAGAGAAGCGGGAGGCGAGAGAUGUGAGGCAAGCAGGCGCUUGCUGGGCUUGCCAUCUUUCUAAAAUCAAGUGCUCACCUUGCUCGCCUGGCUUUCCGUGUGAACAGUGUACAAGGCUUUCUGGGAAGAGAAGGUUUUGUCUCCUGCCAUGUUUCAAUGAUCCAGUCGAAAUGCUAGACAAGUUCUUAGUACCUGAAAGUCACAUAAGAUUGUAUACAACCGAGAACACCAAAAAAUUCAUCUCGAGAAACGCAGAGGCAUGGGGAACAGAUGAGAUGAUAGUGCGAUUGAGUUGGGGCUACCGCGUCCCGCUGAAAGUUACCGUAGUCUCUCUGUCAGUACGAGGUUCGACUUCGAUUUUUCGAUAUCAACAUCAGACGUAUCUCAACGCAUCAGGUAGACCGACAUUCACGAGAAAGAAGAGUCCACCACUUGGGAUUCCGCUUAUGCUGAUGGAGGAGACACAGGAAGAAUAUGCUCGAUAUAUUAAGAGGAUUGUUCAGCAUGAUCUAGAUGAAUAUGCAAGGAUAGCGUAUGAGCCGGAAGAAUCAGAUAUUGCGAAACGUUUGCUCAAGACAGUAUGCCAGUUUUAUAAUGCUGGUGUGGAAGCCAACGAUGAGUAUGAACUCCUCCGCGAGGCCCUAGAAAUACACAUUGCUUGCGCUAUACUUGAACGAAGCUUGAUCCUCGAUGGCGAGUCCACAAAUUUGGUAGAGGGGCACCUGAGAGAAGAUUUCCCACCAGAAUCUUCUCCAAGAUGUGCUUCCCGCCAGAUCAAAGUGGCGUUUUUCAUAUCGCAACAGGAAAGGAUCAAAGAAGUCCUUCGAGAAUGGGGUCAAAUGAUGUGGACUAGCAAUCGCGCGACUACAAAUGAACGCAAAUGGGCCAUUGGAUUCAGCGUCUUACUCGUCUUGACUCUCGUCAUGGACAAGACGUUAGGUCUUUCAUAUUGCAAUGCCGAAUCCAGAAUCAAACAUGGUGGCAAAGAAGCAAUCAUUGAGCGUCAUGAAUUCCAGGAACGAGUAAAAGUAACCCAGACGAACUUGUUCGAGAGAUGCAAAGAAAUUCUCCAUUCCAAGUUCAAGACACGGAAAGGAGGUAAGGAGAGCUUCAAUCCAAUCCGUGACGGUGAUGGUGCAUGGCGUGGCAAAGUUAUCGAUGAAAGAAUUGCCGGCUUUGUACACGAUGUCAAAAGUGUGGUUCGGGAUCAUGAACCUCAAGUCCGGUCAUGUAGAGUUAAGGUCUCGAAGAUUCUGCGAGAUGACCCAUCGUCGUUGUCUCUGAAAGUCAACGAAUCAUCUUACACGGAUGCGGCCCGGCUAGCCUGUGUAUUUUUGGACGAUUUUCUGGAACAUUGAAAACCCUGAGCAAUGGUUCUACCGGUAGAGGCUAGGGAUUAUUUCCCGGAUCGUCGGCAAAUCGAUUUUGGCAGAUACUGUGGGCUGGGGGCA